CGGAUUAGUUCGGUUACGGAACAUUACCUUUACUGCUGAUAUCGUGAUGAAUAACCACACUGAGAGCGAGAGAAAGAUAACCGCCACUGGUUCGUCCCGAUUACCACUACCCGUGUAAAAUAAGAGGAAUAAAGUUUUAGUUUGAGUUGAUACCUUCACCAGAAGACACGCCUUUGAGUUAUGUUCUUCGACGGAGCAUAUUUUAGCAUACGAAUCUGUUCCGGCAGUCAUGAAUUGUGGAGAUGUGAGGACUACAAGAAAGCUAAUCUUUCAGAUCGCUACACAACGUUACGACGAACAGGAGCCUGUUUCAAUUGUCUCCAAAAGGGACAUAGAACAACAGAAUGUACAUCUGAGCAUUCGUGCAAAAGAUGCGGUAAGCGUCAUCACACUACAUUGCAUAAUGAUGAAGAUCGAUCGAAGAAUCACGAAGAACGCCCUACUACAUCAUCAAACAAGGCAACACAGCAAAUGACUAUAGUCGAAGAAACCGUCGUUGCUCCAACCCAUGAAGAAUCAAAGAAACCUGAUAGUUCAUCGACAUUCUGUACACAAAUCCAAGCAACUAAUCAGCAAAUGUUGUUGUCUACCGCCGUAAUAUUAGUCCAAGGUAAGGAAGGUAACACGUAUCCUUGUCGCGUGUUGCUAGAUUCUGGAUCACAAACGAAUUUCAUAUCAGAGCAAUUUACUCAACUGCUGUCCUUGAAGAAAGAAUCAGCUAAUGUGUCAGUUAGUGGACUUAAUGAUAUUCGUACUCGGAUUCGAUUCAAAAUUCAGACCACGAUAAGAUCACGAAUCAGCAAUUACGCUGUUUGUCUUGAAUUGCUUGUGGUACCUAAAAUUACUGGAAAUUUACCGCUUACGAAAGUAGAUGUCUUAUCACUCACGCUGCCUGCUGGCGCUGAGCUGGCUGAUCCAUACUACAAUGUACCUGGAAGAGUAGACAUGUUGUUAGGAGCUGAAAUCUUCUAUGAUAUGCUGAUGUUGGGGCGUUUGCGACUGCCCAAUAGUACGGCGCUUCUUCAAGAAACCCAGUUCGGUUGGGUACUAAGCGGACCUGUCCCAAAUGAAAACCGGAAGUCAGUCAGCUCAUUUUGCACUACCAUAGAUGAGGACAUCGGGGAAAUAGUGAAUCGUUUCUGGCAAAUUGAAUCGUACUGUGAAUCACAAAACGAAAUCAGUUCGACGGAAGCAGAAUGUAUUCAGCAUUUUCAAGAAACACACGAACGUACAGUCGAAGGACGGUAUGUGGUUCGUUUACCAUUCAACGAGUUAAAACCGCAACUUGGUGAUUCUAGAAACAUGGCGAUUAAACGCUUUCAGGGCCUUGAGCAAAGGCUUGACAAGAAUCCAGAAAUGAAACAUCAAUAUACAGAAUUUCUACGCGAAUAUGAGUCCCUAGGCCACAUGAAAGAAAUUACAUUGGACGUAACCGAAGAUCCACGAACAGUGUAUUAUUUACCUCAUCACUACGUGCUGAAACCGAGUAGUUCAACCACGAAACUACGUGUGGUUUUCGAUGGUUCUGCCGCAUCCGAUUCCGGUGUUUCUAUUAAUCAAACACAGAUGAUAGGUCCUUGCGUUCAAAACGAUUUAGUAUCGAUUUUACUGAACUUCCGGUCAUACAAAUAUGCCUUCACCGCCGAUAUCCCAAAAAUGUAUCGGCAAGUCGGAGUAAACAAAGAUGACGUACGAUAUCAGAGGAUUGUUUGGAGAGAAAACUUGAAUCAGUCACUUCGAACAUUCGAUCUACAAACCGUUACAUACGGUUUAAAAUCAUCACCGUUUUUAGCCACUAUGGUGCUUUGCCAGCUGGCCGACGACGAAGAAGAAAAUUUUCCCAUGGCAGCAAAUGUUGUUAAACGAUCCUCCUAUAUGGAUGAUGUGCUAACCGGCGCGAAUACGUUGGAAGGUGCUAUCGAGCUGAAGAACCAAGUAGCUGGUUUAUUAGCAAAGGGAUGUUUUGAUAUACACAAAUUCUGUUCAAAUUCGGAAGAAUUAUUGUCUGAAAUACCUGAAGAAAAGCGGGAAGACGGCGUGAACAUCGGAAAUUCGAAUUUUAACGUGUUGAUGAAGACUCUAGGAGUUGCUUGGGAUCCCCAGGACGAUAUGUUUACAUUUCUUGUGCCAGUCGACAUACCUUGGACAAGUUAUCUAACGAAAAGAAAAAUACUUAGCCAGAUUGCGAAAAUAUUUGAUCCACUGGGAUUUCUGGGCCCUGUAAUCACUUCCGCCAAAAUAAUCAUGCGUGAGUUGUGGUCUCUUGACUUGCAGUGGGACCAACCGGUACCCACAGAGAUGGAACAGUUGUGGGGUGAGUUCCACAGACAGCUAUGCAGCUUGAACGACGUGAGAAUUCCAAGGUGGAUUUUCUGCGAAGAAGUCUGCGAAUACGAAUUGCACGGUUUCGCAGACGCAUCUGACUUGGCAUAUGGUGCAUGCAUCUAUUCCAGGUUGUUGCGCAGGGAUGGAACAGUGAAUAUGAGGCUGUUGUGUAGUAAAUCCAGAAUACUACCUAAGAAAAAGGAGAAACAAAAACAGAUAACCACACCGCGAGCGGAGCUGUUGGCUGCAGUUUUAGUGUCUAAACUGGCGGUGAAAUUAUUGGCAGCUCUAGAUACGAAAUUUCAGCAUGUAGUACUUUGGAGUGAUUCUCAGAUAGUUCUGUGUUGGAUUAGCAAAUCACUUGACGCUCUCCCAGUGUAUGUGGGGAAUCGUGUUCGAGAGAUCCAGCAGCUUACUGGUAGUUUCAUUUGGCGGUAUAUCCCAUCGAAGGAAAAUCCUGCCGAUUUGAUAUCACGAGGGGUGCCACCACAGGACUUAGCGCAGUGUCAGAUUUGGUGGUAUGGACCCCCAGCUCUUCAAUCAACUCAUCCAGCGAUUCAACCACCUGAACCAAUUGCUGACGAAGAUGUACCGGAAAUAAAGCGUAUUGUUUUGCUAACUUCACCAAUUCAACCCAGGUUAGCAAUUUUCAACAGAGUUAGCCGAUUGCUAGUCAUACAACGGGCAAUGGCUUAUGUGAUACGUUUUUGUGACUAUAUACGAGCUGGGAGGAAGCAGCUAACUAAGGGACUUCCCAAUUGCGAUGAGAUGAUGCGAGCUUCUAAAUUGAUCGUUCGUCUUGUUCAAAAGGAGUCAUUCGAGCUAGAAUUGAAGGCGAUAAAGUCAAAUAAGGAGAUACCUAACACGAUUCGAAAUUUAAACCCCAUCAUUGAGGAUGGUGUAAUGCGCGUUGGAGGUCGAUUGAAGCAUGCAGCUAUACCUUAUGAACAAAAACAUCAGGUCUUACUUCCAGAAAAGCAUCCCUACACGAUUUGUUUGAUCAGACAUCUUCAUCGCAGCAACUUGCACGUGGGACAACGAGGUCUUUUGGCGCUUGUUCGACAGCAGUAUUGGCCACUCAGGGUGAAAAAUACAAUCCGAAAGUUGAUCCAUAGCUGUAUACCUUGUUUCCGGAUGAAGCCGUCCAAAUCUACCCAGUUGAUGGGUAACUUGCCAGAUUACCGUGUACAACCCUCACCAGUUUUUCAUCAUACCGGGGUUGACUUCGCAGGACCAUUUCAAAUUCGUUCCAAUUUGAAGCUGAGGAACGCAGCGGUCACGAAAGGUUAUGUUUGUGUUUUCGUUUGCAUGGCCACUCGUGCUCUUCAUUUGGAAGCCGUGUCUGAUUUGACGUCGGAAGCCUUUAUGGGUGCGUUGCAGCGAUUCGUGAGUCGUCGUGGCCUCGUUCGAAGAUUAUACUCAGACAACGCAACUAAUUUCGAAGGCGCAUUUAAUGAAAUGAGACGACUUGCUCAAUUAUUCCAAGAUGAACAGCACCAACGACUUCUGAACGAGUAUUGUACGCAAAAUAACAUUGACUGGUCUUUUAUUCCACCCCGCAGUCCGCAUUUCGGGGGGAUUUGGGAGGCGGGUGUCAAAUCCACGAAAUUCCACUUGAAGUCGGUGUUAGCUGAACACAAACUUUCGUAUGAAGAAUUAUCUACCGUCCUAGCUCAAAUAGAAGCUAUUUUAAAUUCUCGACCUCUUACUCCAGUAUCGAACGAUCCCAACGACUACAGUGCAAUAACUCCUGCUCACUUCCUCAUUGGUCGAGAACUACACGCCAUUCCCGAGCCAUCCUAUAGCCAUAUACCUGCAGGAAGACUGUCACGCUGGCAGUUUGUACAAGAUUUGAAACAAAAAUUUUGGAAACGAUGGGUUAAUGAUUAUUUACACGAACUGCAAACACGACAGAAGGACUUCAAGGUGACAAAGUUUCGGGUCGGCGCUUUGGUUUUACUUGUGGACGAAAAUACUUCAUCUCUUCGAUGGGCACUUGGCCGCAUCACAGAACUAUGCCCAGGACCAGAUGGCCACACUCGCGUAGUUCGAUUGAAAACGCAGAAUGGUACGACGACAAGAGCUGUUAAAAAAGUUUGUUUGUUGCCACUGGAUAACGAAGAACCUUGAAAUCAACCAUUUCAACCCCCCGGAAGAUGUUGAUUCUAGCAACACACCGUUUUCAUUUGGCAACUGAUACACCUAUACGUUGAAUUUGUUACAGAUUACCACUACCCGUGUAAAAUAAGAGGAAUAAAGUUUUAGUUUGAGUUGAUACCUUC